CACAUUCGAAGUCGGAUAUAUGUGUGAGCACAUCGCGCAUAUCUCACAAUCUUCCGUCCUGCCUCAUCCCUGCGUCUCUUCGAACUGACUCCCUCGCCGUCCAGCUGUCGCGCUUCAGAGUCUUCUUUUGACUCGUACCCUAUAGCUCCCGGAGAGCGCCCUGACUGCCUUGAGUGCACGCACCCACGAGCGGCCUUGCGUCAACGACUACGCCACAUUUCGUGCAGCCUCCACCUUUUCUUGCCGGCCGCCACAGAACUGCCCCUCCAUUCGUCAAGAUGUCUAUCUUACGUACAAGCUCGUCGCUGGAGUCGCUGGACGCCAACGCUCGGCGCGAACACGACACGAGGCGCGCACCCGCUGCACCUGAACCCGCCCGCGCCACGAAUCGCACUUCACGCGAGCCAAGCAGGGCGCCUGCGCGCUCUCGCGCAUCCAGCUCUGGACACCCCGCACGGGCGACGGCGCCUCACAACCGAGACGAGCAUCCUGCCCACAAUGUGGCGCCCGACGAACCUACUUUCAUCAAUUACAACUCGACGCUUGAGAUCCCAGUCCAGAGUCAAUACGAUGGAUCGCCGGCCGUGUUUCCCGAUGCCCACUCGCAUGGAACUCCUGCUCAAGCUGGUCCUUCCCGCUUCCCGAGGGCAGCCAUCCUGCAUCCGCCCCCUACGCAUCUGUACCCAUCGCCCAUGCAGAGUACUCCCUUGGAGAGGAGAGUCAUCCCCGAACCUCUUGGUGAUGCUGGUGACAUUGAAGAGUCUUCGGCCUCGUACCCACCCUCACAAUCCGACAUGUCAUCCACGGGCUCGGGUGUCGCAGAAAGGCUCUCACUUCCCCUGAAGCGCGACGCGCUGACGUUAGAUGGUAUACAGAUGCGGAUGUACGCGGAUGUGUGGCAGGUCCUUCCCAAGCACAUCGCCAAAAAGCACGCGCCCCAGCUCGAUCCCUGGCGCAAGGCCACUUUGAACAUCUUAGAGUCACUCAUGCGACUCGACUCCCUCAUGAUCUCGUUCUCGAGGGUGCGGCUGCUGGAGCCGUCCGACAGAGGAGAUGAGAUUGCGGCGAGGUAUGCGCGGUAUGUGGAAAGGUUGUAUAGAGUCCUCGCCGCCCUCGAAAAAAUACCUCGAGGCCGAAUGCUCGAGGGUGUCCUCAACAUUGACAAAGCCAUGCUUGAGAAGAAGGCGACCCAGGUCAUCGAGCUGGAAGGCAAGAUCUCACGUGAAAUAUACGCCUUCGCCCGCCACCACUACCGCCAGCACGAGGCGAGAACUCAAGCACAGAUAGACGCGCGCACCGCGACUUGGAAUGAGGAGAAGGCGCGCUGGUCGCAGAGGCUGCAGGCGGGGAAGGAGGAGAGGGAGCGGAUGAAGAGGGAGAAUGAGAGUCUUGGGGAGUUGAUUGCGAGACUGCAGGGUGCGGGGAUCAUUGCGGCGUGAGUAGGUCGGUUGGCGUGGUGGUGGUGGUGGUGGUGGGGAAUGUGCUUUCGAAUCACAAUUUGGUUACGAG